AUGGCGAGCGAACGGGAUAGCAUCACGGUGCUGCCACCAUCGCCACUCGACGAUGACGAACAGCGGCCCCUGCUGGACGAGGCACACCCGGAUCAUGGAACCAUUGACCGAAAUGUUGCUGCACAAGAAGAAGAAGACAUGGAGGCCGACGCCAUCGACGAGCCGACGUCUGCAAAGGUCAUAGUCAUCAUGAUCUGUCUGUGGGUCGGCUCUUUCUGGGCUGCCAUGGGUGAGUGA